AUGUCAAGCAUAGUGAGCGGCCAGACACGUCUCAAAGUACAGAACACUGCUGACAUCAAAGCAGACGUGCGUGUUCUUUGGUUCCUCGUACCAACAGUGUUUCAAUACCAUUCAUCAAUACAAAUAGCUGUCUCGGUCUCUAUGAAGUUUACCAAAUACUACAUAUGGUGUUCUCCUUCAUCCUGCAAGGUUAACCCCUACUGGCCCUUCAUUUUCUACCCGCUGAGUACUCGUCCUACUGCCACAGGCAUGAUGGCGAUCCGUGUAUACGUGCUUCUCGGAAAAUCUAAAAUAGUCUUCAUCAUCCUUGCGAUAGGCUAUGCUAUCUCUCAAGGGCUGAACAUCGUCCUCGGAAUUUAUCUACUUGACUUCAGCCCUACUCUUCGUUCGGAAUGGACACAAGGCGCUGUAUGCACCUGCGAGCAGUCUACGCCCGCGAACCGAGCUUGGGUUUACCCAGUAGGCAGCAUGGCAGGGCUCGCGUUUGACUUGAUUGUCUGCGCGUUUGCGCUGGUAUAUGCGUUCAAGCAUGUUCCGAAGGCGUGCUGUCGCAACCCUGCGCGCGCAGCGCUUACUCUCUCGGUUAUAAUUGUUCGCGAUAACCUUGUUUAUUUCUUUUUCUACAAUCUGACUAUAAUAGUCCAGUCCAUGUUGCAGACGAUGGUGGGCCCCUGGAUGAUCAUUAGUUUGCGAGAAGCAUACGAGAGGCAAACGGGCUACGGACCAUCAUGUUCAUCUGAGCUGACAACCGUAGCCUUUGCAAGCAUCAGAGUGCCAUGGACGGACCAGUCGGGUGACACACCAAAAUCAGACUCAGUCUGGAGUAGUUUUCAGCGCAAGGAGUGA